GGCCGAAGUUACUUUUUUUCUUUUUUGUUAGUUAUAAAGCAACCUAAAAGUAGCUCCUCGAUAGGCCAUCUUAUGCAUUUCUAUACAGGGGAUCAUGAUGAUGACGGCUGGAUUUUUCCGUUUGCUCGAUGAUCUUCCCAAGAUAUUUUGGCGCUACCCAGUUUCGUUAAUUGGUUACGGUGCAUGGGCAUUGCAGGGAUCGUACAAGAAUGAUAUGCUUGGACUCGUAUUCGAUCCUCUUGUGCCCGGGGAUCCAAAAAUAACGGGCGCGCAUGUCAUAAAGUUUUUGUUCAAAAUACCGUUGGAUCAUUCCAAGUGGUGGGAUUUGUUUGCCGUGUACGCACUUAUAGUAUGUUAUAGACUCCUCUUCUUCAUCAUUCUCAAGUUGAGAGAAAGAGCGGCACCUAUUUUUCACUCGCUUUAUGCAAAGAGAACAAUGCAUCGCAUCAAAAAGCGCCAUUCUUUCAAGAGGAAGCCAUCCAUUUCUUCCAAGAGGCACCAUAACCUCCACCCAUUAUCUUCUCAAGAAGGUCUAAACUCUCCGAUACCCUAGAGGACUGAAAGACGAGCAUGUCUACAUAUCACACUUGAUUUUAUUCCGAUAUCUUAUGUUCACCAUGUUCUCUUACUAACAUAUAUUGUUGUUUUUCACGGUUUAAAGUUGUAUUUGGCUUGCGACGUAAUAAAUGCUUUUAAUAUCCAAAAGAAAUACGCUAAAAGGUUGGAUUUAGACUCAUGUACAAAAUAUAUUUGUUAUUCUUCCAUAAUAUAAUAUGUAAUACUAAUAACGAGCAUGCCGCUCGAGGAGUUUCUCUUA